AUGGCCAGCCUGGAGGCGCCGGCAAGGGCUCUUAUUGACCUCGCGACCCGAGACGAAGCCGCGGACGGGUUCUCGUUCUCGCAGAAAGAAGCAGAAAUACUGGAGCUCUACGACCGUGUAUUUGAACAGCAGCUGGAGGAAGCACUGUUGAAUCAGCGACUUUCUGAGGAUAGAGAUGUGGAUGACGUUGACGCGAAGCUGGAAGAAGCUGAGCGCGAACUCCUCCAGGUCAGGGCAAAGCUCUCGGUCCAGAGAAAGGUGGUUGAAAGCGUACUCAUGACUGAACCCAGCAUACAAGCUGUUCAUUCGGUGCCUUCGUCGCCGCUCGAGAAGGCGCUACUUCCGCUAAUUAACCGGCGUGAUGUUCUUUCUCUCGCCUAUGAAAACCUUGUCACUUCACAUACCUCAUGUAUUCGAGAGCUAUCCAAUGCUGAGGCCUCUAAUAUGCAAAGCAUCAAGCAGAAUCAGGAGCUAGUCCAGUCUCUACUUGAGCUUACCAACAGCGAGAAGUCGCCAGAGGACGAGAUAUCUGAUCCUCAGCUCAAAGAGGAACUUGACAGCCUGAAAACAGAGAACAGGCAGAAAAAAGCAGACUGGACUCGGGUAAAGCGUAUAGUUAGUGCUUCUAUCGCUGCUAGUGGAGUUGACUGGGCAAGCGAUGAGAAGCUUGAGAAUCUGGUUCUCGAUGAUGAUGCAUUAGAUGAUAUCUGA